AAAACACAGGGUAACUGUUAGUUGUCAAGGCAACGUUGUGUGUGAGCGGAGCGCAUGUCAAAUGGGUGCAAAAGUAAUUCAGGGUACUUGAUCUGUUUACAAGCAACAGUCUUUAGCUAACUCUUUACCUGCUGUUGGGUGACAAUGUAGGUUAACCUGUCCAUAUGUCCUGGAAUAUAAUGCUCAGAGAAACGGUGAUAGUUAGUUGUUUGUUUUUUUUUAACGUUAGUCAACUUCGUGCCGGAAAUAAGCCGUCGCCGCUAUGCUAGCAAACACAGCUACAAUGGUUCAUUAGUUGAACAGACCAAAAAACAAUGUCAAGUUAUAACCUUCCACCGGUGAGGCAUUUGCCACAAUGGACCCGAGUAGGUGGCCUCGGGAAGCCCCGCUCUCCACGGCGUUUACCGGCGAACCAUCUCCAGCCGCUACCUGCUGUCCCGCCGGCGGACAGAGGAGUGGGGAGAGCAGCAGCAGCAGCAGCAGAGGUGUCCUGUCACAACGACACGGACCCCCGCGUCGCAUCAAUGCAGAGGAAUAUCCAGUUCCUUCAGCAACAGCACAAGGAAACCCUUGAGAAGCUCCAUGCAGAGAUAGACUAUCUCAGACGGGAGAAUAAAGAGUUGCAGUAUAAGCUGAUAAUGGAGCCUCCAAAAUCAACUAGGAAAGGAAUGACACACAGUCGACGAGGUAUAAGACCCCCCACUCAGGGUAGCGAAGCCCGUACAGGACUGUACCUGGAGGAGCAGCUACAGGACACACGACCCAUACAGGACCAAGCACUAAGAAGCUUUGAAGGGGACAGCGAAACUCUGGGAUCUGCCAGACAGGACCACAUCCGGGAGGUGAAAGGGGGCCUCAUCACCUCAUUACAGCCUCUACGAAUUCACAGCAGUCCCUCCCAUCCGCCGCGUGCUCCCACACUACAGGAGUGUGAGGUCAUCAUUCGGCAGCUUUACAGCGCUAACAGUUUACAAUCUCAGGAAAUUGUACGUGUGAAGGCAUUGCUGAGAGAUAUUGUUUUGAGCAAGAAAAUCACCCCAGAAAACUACAUUUUGACCAAGGCCUAUCUUGUUGAUGGCACUCACAAAUCCUCAGAAGAAAAGAAAUUUCCAAAACUUAGUCUUCAAACAUUUCCGGAAAAAGCGUCUGGACCCCCUAAGUCUGGGGUGGUCCUCCCAGCCCUUAAACAGAGCCUCGGCUCCACAAUUGCAGACAGACAAAGGAGGACCCGUGCUGUGCAGAGAGACCGUUUCAAAAGAACAGUGCAGUGACAGGAUCAGAACUACAGCAGCAAAAUCCACCUCAGGACUGGAGCUUUUCACAGCUGAAACCUAGUGUACUCUUUUCCAUGUCCUGUGACUUGAUAUCUUUUUAAAGAUGGCUGUACUUUAAAAGUGGGUACAGACAUUUGCUCAUGAAGGACAGAAAAAGCAAAAAUGAAGAUCUAGACUUAAAAACCUUUAAUUUUGCACAAAAAAUAAGUCACAAAUCUUACUUUGACCAAACAUUACAUAUAAGGACCUUUGAACUAUUAUUUUAGUUAGUAUUUUGUUUAGUUUUCUCUGCACAUUUGUUGUAAUUCUGCCAAAACGAUGACAGAAUUGUUUUAUAACAUAAAACUAAUUACCUGUCACUUUUAAAGUAUUCAAAACUUUUAUCAGUGCAGACAACCAAAGUUAAGCCUCGAAAGCACAUACAAGGAAUGAUACAGAAGACACUACCAGGCUUAUUUCUCAGGCCUGUUUUGUAUUGGUGUGUAUUGACAUUGUAUGGAGCAGUGUCCUGCACCUUCAGUACAACUAAACACUAAUACAAAAAUCACAAUUAAAUUCUCACAAUACCAAAAA